UUUAAAAAAAUUGGCUUUUUUUCUUUUCUUUUUUUUUUUUCCUUCUUCUUUAUACAUUUUUUUUUACUAGUAUAUAUGGAUAGUAAUAAAGAAAUCAGUUGUCCAACUACACCUGGUUUGUCUCAAGAUGGAGGCUUUCGUCCUGGUUUCUCCUGGAGUGACUUAUUACACGAUCCAAGUGCAAACUGGCAUAUCUGGGGUUGGCUUCUUUGUCUUCUUUGUCUUCUCAUUACUUGGAUCAUAUCUAUUACAGUUAUCAUUAAACAUCUUCGAAACUAUUAUGAACCAGAAAUACAAAGACACAAGCUUAGAGUAUUAUUAUUCCCUCCUUUCUAUUCUACCUUGGCUUGGAUAUCUUAUUUACGUUACGAUUAUGCAACUACCAUUAUCUUUUUCGCUACUUUAUUCGAAGCCUUUGCUGUUUAUAAUUUAUAUACCGGCCUACAAGCUUAUCUUCGACCUUAUCGUGAUGAAAAUGAAGGUGUCAAGGAAGAAGCUCAUCCUACUGUUAUGCCAUUGAUCAAAAUACAUGUCAAAUCAAGAUGGGGAAUGCAUUAUCGAAUCAUCACGGAUAUAUUAGUUUACCAGUUUCCUCUGUGGUCAGUAUUUGAUGCAUUCAUCUCUAUUUUCGCCGAAUUGAAAGGUCGUUAUUGUGCCGAUUCUUAUUCUUUUAAAGGUGCUCACGUUUAUCUUACCAUUAUCAACUUCAUUGCUUUGUCUUUGAUUAUUUCAGCACUCUUCACUUAUUUGGCUGUGUACAAAGAUGAAUGGAAACGUGCACGGAUAUCUGCUCAUGGAUUCUUUUGGUGUGUCAAAGGUCCAAUUAUGAUCAACUUUUAUAUUGGUACUUUGUUACUGUCUGGUCUCGCUUAUGCUGGUGUUAUACAUGGUACUGAUGGAUCUCAUUCAAGUGAUGGUUUGGCUUGGUCAACAGAAGCAGUGAAAAACGGUCUUGAAGUGAUUAUUGAAUGUGUGGUGAUGACUGUAUUUAUGGGAUUGAUGACUAAGUACUUUGGACCUCAAGAUUCAAUUAGACGGGGACUCAGCACUCAAGGAGCUUUAGAAAGUGAUGAUCAAUUCUACUACAAUUCGAACGUCAAUGGUGAUAAUCAUGGCAAACUAUCCUUUGGUGCAGCUUUUUACGAUGCUUAUAUCAAUUACAUUCCUGAAUUCUUUCGAAAUGUCGUAUAUUGUGGCAAGGAUUCAAGAGAAUUGGCCAAAAAACGAGCAAGGAUGCGAGAACAAAAGAAAAUGGAAGCAAUCAAUACUUAGGAUUCUUAUGAAUGAUAUAUCUUCUUCCGCUUACCUUAUUUUAUAGUAUAUUAUAGUUGUAGUUUAGACAUUUUAUUAUUGUUACUUUUAUUACUCUUGUUGUUGUACCCAUAUUUUAUUAUUAUUCGCUUUCUGAUAGUCAUCUGAACGUCAAUAAAAUCCUCUUUAUAUAAAUAUU